AUGCGCAGCCACUCCGUUCAGGAAAUCGUCGCUAAUGAGAAUGUGGAAAUCAGAGUUGACACGCGAAUAACAACUACAACUACAGUAAGAGCGGAUCGACCGGACAUCCUGGUAUACCAUAAGAACCGACACGAAUUAUCCCUGAUAGAAAUUGGCAUCAUUGAUCAGGACAUGUUGAUAGCAGUCGAGACCGAGAAGAAGCAGAAUGCUCAAGAACACGCUCGAAAGCAUCUCAUUCGAUCAGCGCCGUGGAUUCGACGAGGACGGAUCAGUGGAGAUCAGCACAGCAGAGCUGAGCGCGAGGCGAUUGCAGCGAGAAUGCCAGAAUACAAUUCAUCACCAGAAUCAAUAGUGAACAAAGAAGGAUAA